CAGACUGCCCCGGAAGCUUCUGGGCCACGGACUGCCCCGGAAGCUUUUGGGCCACGGACUGCCGGACCGUUGGGCUGUGAGGCAGCGUCUCAGCGAGGCGGCACCCGGAGCCAUGUCUUCACAAAGGAGGAAAGCGAAGAGGAGGAAUAGAGGAAGUCACCAUGCCAUGCGUGUGGCUCACUUAGAGCUGGCAACUUAUGAGCUGGCGGCAACUGGGUCGAAUCCCGAGAGCAGCCAUCCUGGAUACGAGGCCGCCAUGGCUGACAGGCCUAAGCCAGGAUGGCGGGAAUCUCUAAAGAUGCGGGUCAGCAAACCCUUUGGGAUGCUCAUGCUCUCCAUUUGGAUCCUGCUGUUCGUGUGCUACUACCUGUCCUACUACCUGUGCUCCGGGUCCUCAUAUUUUGUGCUUGCAAAUGAAGGUAUCCUGCCCAACAGUGAAAAUGCUCAUGGCCAAUCUCUGGAAGAAGAUUCCGCAUUGGAAGCUUUGCUGAAUUUUUUCUUUCCAGCAACUUGCAUUCUGAGGGAAAAUCAGGUGGUAAAGCCUUGUAAUGAGCUGCAAGAUCUUAGUGAGAGUGAAUGUUUGAGACACAAAUGCUGUUUUUCAUCAUUGGGGACCACGAGCUUCAAAUGUUUUGCUCCAUUUAGAGAUGUGCCUAAACAGAUGAUGCAAAUGUUUGGGCUUGGUGCGAUCAGCCUGAUCAUCCUGGUAUGUCUGCCCAUUUAUUGCCGCUCUCUUUUCUGGAGGAGCGAACGGGCCGAUUAUAUACAAAGGCAGGACAACAGAGUUGUAACGGGUUUGAAGAAACAAAGAAGGAAGCGAAAGAGGAAGUCUGAAGUGUUACAGAAAGCAGCAAGAGGACGUGAGGAACAUGAUGAAGAGUAGCAAGAGACCAAAGCAUUAUUUUCCCCUCAAGACAACAGAAACCAUUCAGAGCAGAGGGGACUGUCUCAGCCAUGCAAACCUCAUGGAGCAUUUUGGAAAGCUAAAAAUUGGUUCUUAUUUUUGUCAUGUUUACUUUCAAACAUGAAAUAAAAUUGAGUUCUGUUUUCAUGCAUCAAA